AUGUGGGCCCUGCAGGAGCUCGCAAAGGUGCUGGUUCUGCACCUCUGUGUCUUCCCUUGCCGUGCCCCAGCCUCGGGUCCUCAUGUUUGCGCUUCUCCAUCUGGAGAGGUGCCCCCUGCGGCUGCCAGCACAGCUGAUCCUGGCCUUCGUGGUGUCUCUGCUUUUUGGUACCUCAUCAGAGUCAACUUCUCCGAAGAUCUAAGCAGUGUGUUAGAAACUGGAGAGGAAUCACUUUCCACAAAAUACGGACAAUCCAUCCCAUCCUCUCACCUGCCGGCAGGUAGCUCAGCCCGAGGACGCUGGCUCCCUCACACUGCCAUCCCUUCUCAUGUGCAGCAGCCAAAGACAGCCUCUCACAACAACGCUAGCUGGCCCACGGAUGCCAACGGGUCCCUGGAACAGUUACCUAGCGGGGGAAGCCUGUACUACAAGGGGCUUACCCUCCAAAACAAAACUUCCAGGUUUUUGGGGGGGAGCAGGAGGGCCUCCCUUGCAGCUCUUUGGAUGACUGUUAAGUGUGGUGAGCGGCCCUUCAUGGUGAAAUCCAUUUCCAGUGACUAUGAUGAUGACGCAACGCCUGCAGCUUGGACAGAUGCCAACAGGGUGCCUUUCCUGAGGACAGCAGUGAAUGAUUCUGAGCCUGAGUCGGCUUUACUGCACCUGAAUGCUGGUAUCGUCGAGAGCCAGAGACUGAAAGCCAAACUGAAUAUCAGCAUAGUUGUUGGUCAGAAAGGGCUCUGCAGAGAGAAGGAUCAGGACAAAAGCUGGACGAGCGCCGCGGCCCACGAGGAAGCAGCCUUCGACCGCACAGUGGAAGAACGGGUGGCCCACGAGGAGCACAAAAUAUGGGCUGACUGGGUGCUGACCCAGGCCCUGGAGCGGCCCGGCCUGGCUGCCCAGUGGCUUCCAGACGUCACCAGACCAGAAGGGAAAGAUCUCAGCAUCCACCGACUUGUCCUGGGGACACACACGUCGGAUGAACAACAUCUUGUGGCGGCCAGUGUGCAACUCCCUGAUGAUGAUGCUCCGUUUGAUGCGUCACACUACGACAGUGAAAAAGGAGAAUUUGCAGGUUUGGGUUCGGUGAGGGGGAAAAUUGAAAUCGCAAUCAAGAUCAGCCGUGAAGGAGAAGUCCACAGGGCCUGUCAUCUGCCCCAGGACCCUUGCAUCACUGCAGCAAAGACUCCCUCCAGCGAUGUUCUUGUUUUUGACUAUACAAAACAUCCUUCUAAACCAGCCCCUUCCGGAGAGUGCAACCCAGAUUUCCGUCUUCGUGGGCAUCAGAAGGAAGGCCGGGGGCUUUCUUGGAACCCAAAUCUCAGUGGGCACCUACUUAGUGCUUCAGAUGCCCAUACCAUCUGCCCGUGGGACAUCAGUGCCACUCCAAAGGAAGGAAAAGUAACGGAUGCGAAGACCAUCUUUACAGGGCAUACAGCUGUUGUAGAAGAGGUUUCCUGGCAUCCGCUCCAUGAGUCUCUGUUUGGGUCAGUUGCUGAUGAUCAGAAGCUUAUGAUUUGGGACACUCAUUCAAACAAUGCUUCCAAACCAAGCCACUCAGUUGAUGCUCACACUGCUGACGCGAACUGCCUCUCUUUCAAGCUUUAUAGCGAGUUCAUUCUUGCCACAGGAUCAGCUGACAAGACUGUUGUUGAUCGGAGAAAUCUGAAACUUAAGUUGCAUUCCUUUGAGUCACACAAGGAUGAAAUAUUCCAGGUUCAGUGGUCACCUCACAAUGAGACUAUUUUGGCUUCCAGUGGUACUGAUGGCAGACUGAAUGUCUGGGAUUUAAGUAAAAUUGGAGAAGAACAAUCCCCAGACGAUGGGCCACCAGAGUUGCUGUUUAUUCAUGGUGGCCACACUGCCAAGAUAUCUGAUUUCUCCUGGAAUCCCAACAAACCUUGGGCGAUUUGUUCUGUAUCAAAAGACAAUAUCAUGCAAGUGUGGCAGAUGGCAGAGAAUAUUUAAGAUGAAGACCCUGAAGGAAGCGUGGAUCCAGAAGGACAAGGGUCCAGACAUGUCUGUAAUUCCUGUGAUUCUAGACUUCCCUUUUUUUCCUCUCUAUCCUGA